GUAAAUCUACACUUGUUAUUUUCAUUUUCUUGAGUGAAGAUAAAAGAAUAUGAAGUUUUUAUUGAUAUGGGGCGUAUGGUUGGCGACAGUGACCUCAGACGACUCGAUCAACUCUCAUCGUUUUCCAAAAAACUUUAAAUUUGGCGUGGCCAAUGCUGCUCCUCAAAUCGAAGGUGGUGCUCUCGAAGAUGGUAAAUCCGAAUCCAUAUGGGAUACCUUUACCAGAGUUUACCCAGAGAGAAUGGCUGACAGAUCUUCUCCUGCUGUAGCAUGCGACUCUUAUCAUAAAUAUAAAGAAGAUGUAGCUCUGGUUAAAGCAAUGGGCUUAGAUCACUACCGCUUUUCGAUUGCUUGGUCUAGAAUACUUCCGACUGGGUUAAUUGAUCAAAUUAACGAACCAGGUGUGCAAUAUUACAAGAAUCUUCUAAAUGAAUUAAAAGCCAACAAAAUAGAACCUCUCGUUACGAUCAAUCACUGGGAUUUGCCUCAAGCUUUACAUGAGAGUAUGAACGGUUGGCUCAACGAAACGAUUAUAGAUAUUUUUGGCGACUAUGCUAGGCUUUGCUAUCAGUUGUUUGGUGACUCAGUUAAAUUAUGGACUACUAUUAACGAACCAAAACAAGUGUGUCGUCCAGGGUAUGGCACAGGAGUGUUCCCUCCAAAUGUUAACUCAAACGGCGUGGGUGAAUACAUUUGUGUUAAAAAUAUUCUUCUAGCUCACGCUAGAGCUUAUCACAUAUACGACAAAGAAUUCAGAGAAAAACAACAAGGUAAAGUUACAAUAAUCUUGGAUUCGUUGUUUUACGAACCUGGAAGUGACAGUGAAGAAGAUAAAGCAGCUGUAGAGAGGGGUCUUCAAUUCGAUAUAGGUAUAUAUGCAAACCCAAUCUACAAUGGUGAUUGGCCCCAACUGGUGAAAGAUCGUAUAGCCUAUAGAAGCAAACUGGAAGGUUUGGAAAAAUCUCGUUUACCCGAACUAACAAAAGAAGAAAUUGAUUACAUUAGAGGAACUUACGAUUUCUUUGCAUUAAACCAUUAUUCCACGAACAUGGUCAAUUCUACCGAGGAGCCUCCGCCAGGUAAUCCAUCGUAUGAAGCGGAUCAAAACAUUGUCACCUGGCACAAACCUGAAUGGGAAAUGGGUAGCGCAGAUUGGUUUUGGGUCGUUCCAGAAGGAUUAAGACAUUUUCUGAACUGGAUUAGAAAAAACUAUGGGGAUGUUGAAAUUUUUAUAACAGAAAAUGGUUUUUCUGAUACUACUGGGAUUUUGGAAGACUACCGUCGAAUUAACUAUUAUGAGCAAUAUUUAAGUAGCUGCUUAAAUGCCAUUUAUGAAGAUAAUAUUAAGUUAAUAGGCUACACAGCUUGGAGUAUUAUCGAUGAUUGGGAAUGGAUGUCUGGUUAUACGUCAUUUUUAGGAAUGUACAGAGUAAACUUUACCGAUCCUGAAAGGACUAGAACUAAACGGCUAUCGGCUGAAUACUUUACUAAAAUAGUUUCCAAUAGGUGCCUUGUUGAUGAAGAAAAAUGUAUAGGUUGAAAUAUGAAGUAAUACAAAACAGUUUAUCACACUCUGAAUUUUAAUUAUUUUGAUAUAAACUUUGUUUUGAUUUACAUACUUGAUUUUUUGAGAAGACCUUUUCUU